AUGUACAUUCAAUGUGUGUUUCCAAACAUAGAACUGGUCAAUGCUCAGUUCACCUUCACAGAGGUUACGCUACCAUCGCACAACGACAAAAAGCCGAAUGCGGAAGAUUGUGGAAUAUUCACAAUGCACCACAUGGAGAAGUAUGAUGGUGGUGACUACGAGGACGGUACUACUUUGGAUUUCCACACAGGAAACAUCAAAGAGUACCGGUGGAGAUACAUGUUAAAAAUCUUUAUGCACCCAUCCAACAAAAAUAAGGACAAAAUCCUCAAAGCAAUGCACCAGUUCUACACAAAUACUGCUGAAGAAGAACCAAAAGAAAUUCCAGAUCAUGUUGAUUUGAGCAGCAAAUCUUACUACAAUGACAAAAAAAUUCAGAGAUGGGUUAAAUGA